AUGAUGGCAAGUGAUGAGCAUGAUGAAUAUAAGGAUUACAAAUGCAUAAGUUAUGGUCUUCUUUUAAAAAAGAUAGCUAAGAGAUCUAUCAAUGAUUGGUUUUUUUUUUGUGAGAGAGUUGAUAAUGAUAGUGGAGAAAAUUAUGAUUAUUUAAGAAGUGCAUUAAUACAAUAUUGUCGACAUAUGAGAGAAUGUUUUUUAAAAAUAUUAGAAAUAGAUAAAUAUCGAGAACGUAAUAAAGAAAUUAAUGAUUUAAUUAAAUAUAUACUUGAGAGUAAACAAACAUAUGAAGAAUUCAAAACAAAAUAUCAAUAUGAUUUAUAUAUGACAAAAUUAAAAACAAUUCCUUUACAAAUAAAUGAAAAUAAUAUAUUAUGUGCUAUAGAUAUAUUAUCAACAAAAAGAUAUACAAGAUUUCCUUUAUUAUUUAAAGAAAUAUUAAAAAAUCCGAAUGAAUGUUUUUUACCUAAUUUAAAUAAAUAUCAAAUGAAUAUUUUGAAAAAAAGAAUAAUAGAUGAAUUCUUAAUUAAUUAUUAUAUAUCUAAAAUACCAAAAAAAAAAGUACAUUUUAUUUUUUCAAAUGGUAUUUUAGAUUUAGAAAUAAUAAAUGAAGUUAGGAUAUCUCUUAUUAGUGACUUUUUAAAUGUAAAAAUAUUAAAUGUAGACAUAUUAUUUUUACAUACUAUGAAUCUGAGUGAAUCACACAAUCUUAUAUUAAGCAAUCUAAUAAAUUAUCAUCUGCUUCAAAAACAGCAACAGUGUUAUAGUAACUAUAUAACAUCUAAAGAACAAAUGAAUGAAAAAGAGGAUAUAUCAACAGGUCGCAUGCAACAAAUCGAAGGAGCAAAAAAGUUUGAGGGUUAUCUAUCUCAAUGGGAUGACAAGAUAGAAAAGGAUAAAAAUGGUGGUGAUAAAAUGAGUGAUAAUAAAAGUAGUGGUGUUGAUAAAACGAGUGAUAAUAAAAGUAGUGGUGUUGAUAAAACGAGUGAUAAUUCAUAUAGUAGUGAUAAUUCUCAUUAUAGUGAUAAUUCUCAUUAUAGUGAUAAAUCUCAUUAUAGUGAUAAUUCAUAUAGUAGUGAUAAAUCUCAUUAUAGUGAUAAAUCUCAUGAUGGUGAUGAUAAAACUUAUGAAUUAAAUAAUUUUAUAGAUUAUAUACUUAAAAAAGAAAAAAAGAAAGAAAGAUGUCAUUAUGAAAAAAAUAAUAAUAUUGAAAAAUAUUAUCUACAAAAUGUAAGUACAAAAAAAGCACAAUUAAAACUUAGUGAUAUAUUUUAUGAAAUUUAUAAGCUUAGUCAUUUUUAUUGUAGUAUUCAAAUAUUAGAAUUUUAUAAAGGUUGUAUAAAUCAAUAUAAUUCUUAUAAUUAUAAAAAAAAGAAAUUUCAAUUAUAUAAAGUAUUCAAAAAUAAUAAUAUCGAAUACACACCUUCUUGUUAUAAUUACACAUUAAAUGAUAAUGAUGUAUUUUUACAUUUGGAUAUACAAUUAUAUGACAUUGAUUUAACAGAUUCUAUUAUAUAUACAUAUUUUAAGAAAAGAAAAUAUAAUACACCAAUUUUUAUAAAUGAAAUGAAUAAAAAUAAAAUUAUUUUAAAAUUUAUUUUAAAUAAUUUAAAUGGAAAUAUUCAAGUUUUUGUGUGGCCAUUUAGUUAUUUUAAUAAUAAAAAUGAAAAAAAUAAUAAAAAUGAAAAAAAUGAAAAAAAUAAAAAAAAUAUUAUUUUUAAAAAUAUUUUAUCAUAUUAUGAAUAUGUAAUCUGUUUUUAUAUGAAGAAAAAAAUUAAAAACAUUUUAUCUUAUAAUCCUUAUUAUAUUCAUAUAGAAAAUUGGUAUAACAAAAUUGGUUAUUGCAUUGUAUUCUUUUUAUUUUCUAUACUGAAAAUUUUUUCUACUUGUCAUGAUGAUACGACUUUACUCUUAUCUAGGAAGCACAUAUAUUAUUUAAAGGAUUCCUUAGAAAAAAGUGAGUAUUCAUAUAAAACCGGUGUAAUAAAUAUACAUGAUUUAUUGUUAGAUUAUUUUUUUGAUUUACAUUUUAUAAAGGAGGAGUUAAAAUGUGAAGAUAUACAUGGACACAUGCAAAUUAAAGAUAUACAUGGAAAUAUUCAAAUUAAAGAAAUAGAUGACCAUAGUAAUUAUCAACAGAAUAAUAAUAUAUUAAACUUUUUAACAUUAAUUAAUUUGAAGAAAGAAAAUGAAAACUCAUAUAUAUUAAGAUAUACAUUUUAUAAUCAAAAAAUUGAUUUAUUUAUAAAUAUGAUAAAAGAAAAGUUAGUAUUUAAAUGUCACUGGGAUAGUGAUAUAUUUAUAAAUAUGAUUAGUUUAUCUUAUAAUUUAAAAUUGAUUAUAUAUAUAUUAUAUUUAUUGAAAUAUUAUUCUUCAUAUAUUUAUUUAUACAAAUUUUUAAAAGAACGAUUUCAAGUAAGACCUGGUAAAAUGGAAAAUUUUACUUUUAAUAAAAAGGAUUUAUAUCCAAAUGUUUUUUUUCACAAAUUAAUGUUAUAUUAUUUUUUAAAGAAAUCGGACUAUUCAUCUAAUCUGGUAAUAACAAAAUUUUUGGAGCAAUUUUUUUCUUAUAUUGAUUUUUAUUUUUAUAUUUAUUCGGGUGAGCAAAUUAAUUUGGAGGCACAACUAAAAAGGGAAUUGGAAAGGGGGGAAAUAAUAAAUAAUGUGAAAAAGUUGGAUGGAAAUGUGAAUAAAUUGGAUGAAAAUAUGAACAGAUAUGAUGAUAAUAUGAACAGAUAUGAUGAUAAUAUGAACAGAUAUGACCAUAAUAUUAACACAUAUGAUGAUAAUAUUAACACAUAUGAUGAUAAUAUUAACCCAUAUGAUGAUAAUAUGAAUAAACAUACAAAUCAUUUGAAUGACAAAGAUAAUCAUAAUAAUAAAAACAUAUUUAUAGAAAACACCAUAAGUGAUAAACAGAAUUUCUCUUAUAGAAAAAAUUUUGUAUCCGUCUUUUAUUAUACUUUAUAUGUAAAUAAAAAUACACCCUUACUAUUAUGCAUAUUAAUAGAAAGAGGCUACAUAUUUUGCACUUAUAUUAUUAUAACAUUUGAAAAUAUGAAAAAAGAAAAUAUAGAAAAAGAAAAUGCAGGAGGUACAUAUGAAGAAGAUAUGAAUAAGACAUUUAAAAAAAAUAAUAGUUUUAUAAUACCCUUAAUUCAUAAAAAAUAUAUUCUUUCCUCAGACAUGCAUUUAUAUUUUGAUAGUUUGAAAGAUUUGAUUGAUAAUUAUUCUAAUAUGUUUAUUAAUUUAUAUAAUAUAUUAAAAGUUAAUUUUUACUGUCCCUUAUUUUCUGAUGCUUUUGAUUUUUCAACGCAUAUAAUGAUGAAUGGAAAGGACAAGAAAAGAAAGGAUGAAAUGAAGAAUGUGAGAGGAAUUAAUAUGAAAAUGGAUGAACAAAAAGGAUAUAUAGACAAUAAUAUUCAUAAUAAUAAUGAUAAUAAUAAUAAUAAUGAUAGUAUUAAUAAUAAUAAUACACCUUGUUUUAUUUACCAAUUUUUUGGUGAACAUAAUUAUAUUAAUUUUAUAAGGCAAAAGAAAAAAUGUGCCCUAGAUUUACAAUAUUAUAUAAAUAAAAAGAAAAAUAAAAAUUGUUAUGAAUACCCAGAAAAUUAUAUUAAUAAUUAUAUGUUACAUUUAUAUACAUUAUUAAAUAAAGAAUAUGCUAUGAAUAAUGAUUACGACAUGAACAAGCAAGGUAACCAUAAUAAAUUAAAUUACCUUUUAAUAAAAAUGGAUAAUACUGGUUCUCUUUUUUUUAAAAUACCAAUAAAAGAAAAAAGAUAUAUGAAAAUAAAUAAUUUGGAUGUGAUAAAAAAUAGGGAGUUAUUCAUAUAUCAUAAAUGUUUAGUUAUAAAUAUGAAACUGGAAAAAAAAACAAAAAAAAAUAAAUGUAACAAUGAAAUACAAAAUGAUCAUAAUGGUAGUAUAAAUUCUGCAUGCAUAAUACAAAAAAAUAAAUUACUUAACAAUGAAGAUAAAAUAAAUAACAUUAAAGAUAUGAAUGUGAUGAAUAAAGAUUCAUGUUGUAAUAUAGUUAGUGAUGAAAAAGAUAAAGAACAUAUAUCAAAUAAUAUAACAACAUCGAAUGAAAAUAAAAUAAAUAAUUGGGUUUUAAUUAAAAAAAUGUAUAUAUUAUUAAAUGAUGAAUGUACUAAAUUAAAUAUUUUAACUAUAUUUUCAUGUAUCAUAAAAAGUUGUUAUGCUUUAUAUUUUUCAAACGAGCUUUAUUAUUUAGAAAAUAAAAUAAUGCCUUCCAUUUUUGUUGUUAGAAAUAGUCAUAUAUGUAAUAUUGAUAUUACAUAUUAUUGUAAUUAUAAUAAAGAUAUAACAUGCUUUAUAAGUUUAAAUUUUUUGAAUAAUGAUUAUGAUGAUGAUGAUAAUAAUAUAAAAAAUGAAUUAUAUAAAAACAAUAAUAAUAAUAUUAUAGAAAAAGAAGAAAUAUUAAAUAAUAGUCAUAAUACAUUUAAAAGACACAGUAUAAAUGAUAUGAGAACAUUUUCUACUUUUAAUGAUAUAUUAAAGAAAUUAUUAUUUAUUGAUAUAUCUGUUAAGAAUCCAAUUAAUUGUUUAAACAAGAUUUAUAUUAAAGAAAAAAAUAAUUUAUAUUUAUAUUUAGAAAAAAAAAAAAGUAUAUUUAAUUUAUUAAAAUUAAUAUGUUUUACAUAUGAAUUUCAUCAUUAUUUUUAUAUUUUAAUAAAUAAAACAAAUGAACAUUUAAGAAAUAUACAUUUCUUAAAUAUUAUAGAUCCUUCCAUCUUAUUUGAUAUUCAAUAUGAAAAUCUAUUUACAAUAAAUCUUAUAUGUAAAGAUAUAUAUAUAUAUAAUAGUAAUUUAUCUUUUUAUAUUUUAUUACAUCCUGAAUAUUAUUCUAAAAUUCUAAUCAUACCGUAUUUAAUAACUUAUUAUAAUAAAAAUCAUAGGAAUGAAGUGAGCAUCAUCAAAAAAAAAAAUUAUUUUUUUAAAAAUUUUAAAUGUGAUGAUUUAUUCAAAAAUAAACAGCAAAAUUAUAAUGAUUCAUUUGUCAAUAUAGAAAGGGAUGGACAAAUAAUACAAGAAAAUUUGUCAUCAGCUUAUUCAUUUCAUAUAGAUACUUUAUUGAAUAAUCAAAAUGUAUGUAUUGAUAAUAUGGAUGAAGAAGAUUUAUUUAUUUAUUUAUUUUUAAACUAUUGUAAUUUAAUAAAUUUUAAUAUAACGAAUAAUAAUUUGUCACAAGAUUGUUAUGAUAAGAUAUCAGAUUUAAAUAAAACAAAAAAUAAGAAUGAAGAAAAUUUUUGGUCUUCUCCACCUACAAAUGUGCUUACUACUAAAUUUGAUGAGGUAUUAUUAUUUUCAUCAAAUUAUUUGAAGGUUUUUGAAGAAUAUGAGAUAUUUAUAUCAAAUAUAAAAUAUUUAUUAAAAAUAAAAAAUAAGAUAAUAUCAUCAGAACUAUUUUUUUUCUCUCCAUAUUUUCUUCCUACCAUAUUAUAUAAUGUAUUUGAAUUUUUAAGGAUACUUGGAGUGUGGCUAACAUUAAUAUGUCGACUAAAAAAUGAUUACAAAGAUAUAACAUUAAGACGUGAUAAAAAUAUAAGUAAUAUAUUUCAAUAUAUCACAGCUAGAAAGAAUAAGAACCCUUGUGAUCAUGAACCCAAUUCUGGUGAAACAAAUAUGAAUACAGAUGAUGACAAUAAUAAUAAUAAUAAUACAAUAAAAAAAGAAGAAAGUGAUAAUCAGAAUGAUCAUAUUUAUAUACAUUUAAUAUGGAAUAUAUAUAAUGUUAGAACAUUAUAUAUAGAAAGAUUAAAAAAUGAUAGAAAGAUAAAUAAUUCCAAGAGGAAUUAUGAAACGUUUCAUAAUAAUAUCAAUGAAAUAUUUAAUGAUGAUACUAAUUGUAAAAAUAGAAAUGUAGAAGAUAAUAAAGAAGAAACUAUAGAAGAUAUUAUGAAAUAUAAAAAAUUAAAAACAAAUGAAGAUGAUCAAAAGGUUGAUAAUGUAUGUAUACAAGUAACAGAUAAUAAUAUAAUUCAGAUAAAUGAAGAAAAAAAAAAACAAAAAACAGAAAACAAAGAAUAUACAAAAAAUGAAGAAGAAGAUAAUAUAAAUUUAAUAAAUCAGAAUGACAAUAUGUAUAUAUAUUCAUUGAUAAAUAAUACACUCAUUUUGAAUAACAUAGAUAUAAAAAAAUGGAAAUAUCUUAUAAACUCAUAUUGUUUUAAUAAUUUUAUAAUGUUUUUACAGACAACAAAAAAUAAAUAUUUGAUUGAUAAAAGUUUGAUAAAAAAAGCAUUUUUUUUAAGAAGUUUAAAAUUUGAUGAUUUCAAUGAUAUAAAAUCUUAUUAUAAUAAGGUAAAGAAAAUUAAUUAUUGUGAUCAUAAUUAUAAGAAUGAUAAAUUGGAUAUGUCACAACAGUAUAUACAAUAUAUUAAAGAGGAUCAAAAGGAUAAGGAACUUAUAAAUUUUGAUCAUAUUAUUAAUUAUAUGACUAAUAAUAUAUGGAAAUCUCAAAUACAUUAUUUGUCUCAUGGAAUUAGCUUAUACUUUGAAAAUGUGGGAGAGGAGGUUGAUGAGGACGAUGCUUGGUUUUAUUGUCUUCAAAAAAAAAAAAAAAUAAAUACUGAUAUGAAUAAAAAUGUGGAUGACAAUAAAAAUGUGGAUGACAAUAAAAAUGUGGAUGACAAUAAAAAUAUAGAUGACAAUAAAAAUGUAGAUGACAAUAAAAAUGUGGAUGACAAUAAAAAUAUAGAUAACAAUAAAAAUAUAGAUAACAAUAAAAAUAUAGAUAACCAUCAAAAUAUAGAUAACCAUCAAAAUAUAGAUAACCAUCAAAAUAUAGAUAACCAUAAAAAUAUUUAUACCCAUCAAAGUAAUGAUGAUGGUGGGGAGUGCUCAUCGAAUUUUUUCAUCCUAUAUAAUGAUAAUAUUUUAAAAGAAAAGUGUGAAAUAAAUUGCUCAUUAAAUAUAAUAUAUAAAUAUGUGAGAAUAUGGUUAUUAAGAUUAAAGUUACAAGAUGUUGAUGUUUUUUUUUAUAUAAUGAAUGAAAUAAUUAAUGAUAAAAAAAAGAUUUGUGAAUUUUCUUCAUUAGUUUUUAAUUCUGUUUUAUCUUAUUAUGAACAUUUAUAUUUUUGGCUAUCAACUAAUACAGAUGUUUUGUGUUCCCCUUUUAUAGAAACACAAUUUAGUAUGAGAGAAGAGAAAGAUAUCAUAGAUGAUAAUAUAAAUAAUGUUGAAAAAUCAGAUUUGUUUUUAAAAAAUAAAAAAAAAAAAGAAAUAAAAAAUAAUGAUAAGAAAUUUCUUGAAAUAAAUAUUCCAUUAAUAAUAAAAGAGAAAGUUGAUGAGAAAAAUGUUCAUAUGGAGAAUAUAUUAAAAUAUAAUAAUAAUGAUUUAAAAAUAAUAUAUAAUGAUAUGAAUAAUUCAAUGGAUAUAUUAUUAAAUAAUGAAGAUGAUAAAGAAAAUAUAAAUAAUUAUAUAAAUAAUAAUAUGAAAAAUAUGAAUGAUAAUUCAAAUUAUAAAAAUAAAGAUAUAAAUUCAAAUAUGUUAAAUAAUUUAAAUUAUUCUACUAUUAAUUAUAAUAAUAUUAAAAUUAAUUAUAAAAUAUGGAGAUAUAUGCCUAGUCCAUUCAAAAUAAUAUCAUAUAAUAAAAAUAAAUUAGAUAUAUUAAAUAAAAAUAAUGAUCAUAUCAUUUUAAGUUUUCAAAUUUCUUCUUUACCUGUAAAAAAUUUAAAAGAUGUAUAUAUAAAUAAUGAACCAUUUAUUAAAUUCCUUGUAACGAAUAAUAUUGAUUUAAAUAUAGCUCAUGAAAGAGUUAUGAAUAUUUUACAAACAUAUAAUUUAAAACCAAACUAUUCAUUAGUAGCGACACAAACUAUUCUCCACAUUUCAACAUUUGAAUUAUUGCUCAAGGCUAAUCAAAAAAAGGAAUGA